AUGCAAAAAACGACUAAUUCUAGACCAGAAGAUCUUCUCAUGUUGGAUAUCAGAAAUAAAAUGGGUGAUCUUUCGGGAGGGAGUGCCAGUAGCACCAGUUCAUCGUCUUUUUUGUCUUGCAAUUCUAGUCUACACUCUCAUAGUCCUUCUUCUUCAGAAGGAUUCAUUUCUUUUGGGACUCCCUCGUCCUCUUCCUCUGUCAAUCAACCAUCGCCAUUAGCAUCCUCUUCCUCUGUCAAUCAACCCUCGCCAUUAGCAUCCUUUUCUGUGAACCAGCCAUCCCCUUCUUCCGUGAAAGGAGUAUUCUUAACGGACAGUGGUACUCCCUCUUCCUCUUCGUCCGUAAAUCGGCCAUCCCCAAACCCGACCGAUGAAAGGGUCGUAGAAUAUCAAGGGGCUAUACGCGAGGAAAUGGCCAAAUUAAUGCCCGGCAGGGAUCACCAAGAGAUUCUAGUUGCAGCCGAACGAAUACAUGGGGGGAGUGCUAAUAUAGGAUUUCUUCGAUCACAGCUCCGGGAUUUAGUAGCAAAUGGCACUGAAAGUGAAGCCUUCAAGUACGGAAUAGCUGAGCUAGCGAAUGAGAAUUUAGCGGCAAAUUUCGCUGCGAUGCAUUUAGCGGAGAGUCCUUUGGAUCAAUUUGGCAUUCACCCUCUCGCUCUCGCUCUCGGUCUCGGUUUGUUCCUAUUUCUAGUUUUUCUUUUUCUUGCGCUGCGGGAAGUAUGGAAAAACAGGACGAGAGCAGCAUAA